AUGGACGACGUGCAUUUUCCGGAUAGCUAUCCCAUGGCUCUCAAGCGGACGAAGCAGCUAGAAAGAAAGUUGGAGAAAUCACCGGAAUUGUACCAAAACAUCCGGGAUCAGAUUAAAAGGUACCUGGAGAGUGGAUAUGCUCAUCUAGCCACAGAAUCAGAGCUGAAUGAUGCGGAAUGGAAGAACGGUUCGUAUUUCCUGUAUCAAUCGCGCGAUCAGUGGCCAUGCACUGGGCGAAUAGAUGAGACGAAUGAAGAAGCGCGAGGAGUCGUGCUAUGUCAUGCGGUGGUCGACGCUGCAGCUGUUUCUCGAUGGGUAAAGCUGGUUAGAGUGACUGCAACGGCAGUGCGCUUUAUUGCCAACAUUCAGCGUAAGAAAGCCGGGUUACCAACCGUUACAUCCAAGGCCACGAAGAUCCAGCACAGACACAUAAAGGCUGAGUACUUGACUGUUCAGAAGCCACUUCAGCAGGAGGAACUGAGAGAGGCCGAAACCAUUCUGUGGAAGCAGGUGCAAUUUGACAGCUUUCCGGACGAGAUGAGUGCGUUGAUGAAAAACCUGCAGCAUAAACCAGGUCUGCCACUUGCAAAAAUUGAAAAAUCUAGUUGCCUCUACAAGUUGUCGCCGGUGCUUGAUGCAGAGGGUGUGUUGAGAGUACGAGGCAGGCUGGAAAAGAACGAGUCAAUCCCGUUCGACAAAAGGUAUCCGAUAAUUCUGUCCAGGAAGCACGAAAUAACAAAAAAGUUGAUCCUGCAUUUCCACGAGAAGUACGGCCAUGCGAAUCGAGAAACCGUUUUCAACGAAUUGCGGCAGAAGUUUUGGAUACCAAAUGCUCGCGCUGCAAUACAGCAAGUGAGAAAAGAAUGCGUGUGGUGCAAGGUGAAUCGCUGUGUACCUCGCAUUCCUAUGAUGGCACCACUGCCGGUUCAACGCAUCACCCCUCACUUGCGUCCCUUUAGUGCAGUGGGUGUUGAUUACCUGGGUCCUGUCGAGGUCACAGUGGGGCGUAGGAAAGAGAAGAGGUGGAUCACUGUCUUCACGUGCAUGGCGAUAAGGGCCGUACACCUGGAGAUAGUUCACAGCUUGACUACGCAAUCUUGCUUGAUGGCUAUCCGACGAUUUGCAUGCAAGCGAGGAGCUCCGGAACAAAUUUUUUCGGACAAUGCUACCUGUUUCCAUGGGGCGGACAUAGUGAUGAAGAAAGCGAUGGAAAAGAUUAACAGUGAGUGCGCUGAAAAGGUCUCAUCGACUGCAACCGCAUGA